AUUUAAUGGUUCGUUUGAUGGAUGACAUCCUUGCUUAGGACGGUCCAGCCAGUACUGUAUGACUCUCGGACUCUCACAGGACAUGGUUCUCACAAAAUCAUUAUCGAGUUUGCACACGCUCCCAGAGGAGAUAUUGUGUUACUUGUUCUCCUUCCUUCGCGCCCCAUCGAUCUUGAGCUGUACAUCAACGUGUCGCUACCUUCGCAAAGUCCUUGAUGACUCCUCUGCACUGCAGUAUGCGAUUGAACUCGAAGCACAAAAGAUGGUGGAGGUUGUUGCGCCAGACGCAAUGACAUCCCCCGCCGAACGCUUGGAGAUACUAAGAAACCAAAUGUGCUCCUGGCGAGCAUUUAAACCUACCAUCGUAGAUCAAUUUCUACAGCCAGGUGGCGAGGUAUCCAUGUCGUUCGGACAUCUAUCUACCUGGGAUGAUUAUCCCCAGAUCGCGCAAAUUCGUGCGCUGGAUUCAGGCUCUUCAGAGUCCCAGUCAUAUAGGCGUUGGAAUGCAGCCAGUUACCCAAUGCCAAAAGAUACUUCUUUCCGAGUCCACAACGUCUGCAUGGAUCCGUCACAAGAUUUGUUUGCGUUUGUGAUCCUGGAGCCGAACCACAUGGCAGAAAUUUCUUGCCGGAUUUACUUGGAGACCCUUAGCACAAGCGAGCCGCAUCCUUUGGCAGCCAGUGAGAUCCUGACCUCCUUCAAGCCACAUAUCUCAGCAAACUGCCACAUCGACGAGACAAAUAUAAAGCUCAAAAUCUGGGGAGAUCGUAUUGUGCUCUUCAACUUCUGCGAUGAAUAUUCUCACUGUCCUGCGAGAAUCCAGAUCUGGAACUGGCAAGAGAAACAGGACUUCAAGUGUAUCUAUCGGGAACCGGAACCAUAUGACAAGAUGGAUGACUGCUGUAUCGUGAACCGAGAUCACUUGAUCGUAUCAUCUAGAAUGAGCGGCCGCCUACCAUGCAGACUGAGCAUCUUCUCAUUUUCUGACCUUGGGAAACCCCCAGUCCGCAUAGCAGAGUGUGUCCUACCCUUUCAACCAGAAGCAACAUUUCUACGGCAUUCUUCAUUUGUAACUGUCAGCCCGGACAUCCGUCGUUCUAUGGCUUCUCAGGACAUACGCUUCUAUCCGGACGCUGAAAAUCAGCUCAUCGCUCUCAAUGUUGACGGUCCACCCAGCCUUGUCUUUAUCAUCGAUACAGAUCAACUCCUCACGGCUUGCCAAAGCGGCAUACAUACUGAGGGUCAGAGCCGCGUUUUGCCCUGGAAGGAAUGGGGUCCAACUUGUUCGCGAUGCAUUGUAGACCCCGUGCCUAACAACCUUUUCGUCCUGCGAUUAGACGUCGCCGGUGGUAGAGCAGUCCACGCCACCCCAAAUGAUGACGACUGCACAUCUUAUAGCCUGCGCACGUACGACUUCAACAAGUAUCGUAUUUCGCGUGCCGCAGCUUCUAAAGACUUUCGUGGCAGCAUUAUUACAGAACCAUCGACAGUCAAACACCGACAACUCGAUGAAGACAUUAUAACAAGCCUUCCUUACAUGGUGGUUGUGGCCGAGGAUAGCAUCGAGACGGCCACGAACAUGAUAGAUGUCACUUUCGAUGACGAAAACAUUUUGAUCAUCAAGAGCUCCGAGGGGGAUGAAAACGAAUUUGUGAUCGACGUUGCCAAGCCCUCCUCUAUGGCUGCAUGAGGAAAAUAGGAUGUACAUGGAAUUGUAGGAUUUAUGUCGUUAAAAAGAUUGCGACCUGCGUCGAACUGAUAUUGGAUGUCAUGUUAUUGAGAUUGGUUUACUCCUGUACAUCCAGCAUAUUCUGCACAAUAAAUUCUGAGUUGUUCAGAGUCCCA